AUGGCAUGUUGUGCUAGGUAUCUUGAGAUGGGCUCACUUCUAGUUUCUUCUAUAUCUGGCAAUAUGAACAACAUUCCUGUGCUUAACGGCACAAACUUCAAGAAAUGGAAAGAGCACAUUAUGAUUGUGCUUGGUUCCAUGGAUCUUGACUUUGUGUUAAGAUUUGAUCGCCCUGCGGACUUGAACGAAACAAGUACUAAUGCACAAAAGGCCGCAUAUGAAAAGUGGGAGCGAUCAAAUUUCAUGAGCUUGAUAGUGAUGCAACACUCAAUUCCGGAAUCCUUAAGGGGCAGUAUAACAGAGGAUAAAAAUGCCAAGAGUUUCCUAAAGGAAAUUGCAAACCGAUUCGCUGCUAACGAAAAUGUUGAAACAAGUACUAUUGACACCUAA